AUGAAUCCACACAGAGCACAUCGUGAUGAUGAUUCGGGCGAUCAACCCCCGGUCACGCUGACCCGAGGCAAAAGAUCUAUUACAGCGUUAGCAGAGGGUCACGUCAAACAGGAGACUAAUAAGCACAAGGCAGCUGAUAAGGAUAUUAUGCAGGUGUAUACGCUGUCGCGAACGGAAAGUCAAAUGCUCCGGCUCCCUUCCGUGUCAAAACUGCUCAAGUCGUUCUGUCGAAUGUUCCUUAAUGAACUCAAACGUUCUUCGAGCCAUCUUCCCCAUAUUAGCCCUAGCCAUACAAGUAAACGUCAGCGCGUUCGCAGUUAUCCUCGCGAAGAUGAUGGAUUACAAGGCGAGGACGACACUGACGCUCGGGGUGCUACCUCAGAUGCUGAGACCGCCGGAAUCGAUGAUGCAGCUGAAAUCUGCAAUCCGCUGGCCACAACCCCUUCCAAGGUAAUAGAAGACACUGAAGGGAGGAGACGUUUUCUUGGGCCUUCAUCGACCUGGGCAUACAUUCAACAAGCCAUGUCAAUCUUACAGCAAUGUGUCAAAGAUCAACCAUCACCGCAACUACCUGCGACUUCAGACGGUGGCGCCUUUGUCCUAGAUUGGCCGUCAACCUCUCAAACUACACCUAGUGCACCACUGACUAUAGAUCGACUCCCGUCUCUCACUUAUUCGUUGUACCUUACCGACACUGUCAAAUUCUAUCUCGGGCCGAUGUAUCAUUUAUAUGAUGAGGACAUUUUUCGGGAGCGAUUAAACAACUUUUAUGCCACGGGGCCAUGGGUUGAACCUCCUCGGUCCAGCAGGCUGUGGUUCAUACAGUAUCUGCUCAUAAUGGCGCUUGGCAAAGCUCUGAUUCUGCCAGGUUCUUCAGAUAAGAGACCAACAGGGUGCGAUUAUGUGCUAAGAGCCAUAGAUCUCCUUCCCGAUGUACACGGCUAUUACACUGAUAGUAUUCUGUCUGUCGAGAUUCUAUGUUGCCUCUCGCUAUACCUGCAGUCAAUCGAUCAUCGAAACGCAGCGUAUAAUUAUAUUGGUCAGGCUCUUCGAAUUGCCCUGUCUCAAGGAUUUCACCGCGAAUUGACCGGCGCAUCGCUCACUGUAAAGGAAUUGCACAGGCAUCGGCGUGCGUGGUGGACGCUUUAUAUCUUGGACAAGAGAUUUUCCUCUCUGAUGGGUGCGCCCAACUGCAUUCAAGACAACGAAAUAACCGUUUUACUCCCUGAGCCCGACUACGAUCAAGGGGAUUGUCAAAUGUUUGGGCUUCACGUUCGCCUCACCCGACUGUUGGCGGAUGUACUUCGUAGUCGGCUCAAAAGCACAUACGUCAAAGAUGCCCAGAAAACUCUCAGAAAAACGGCGGCGGUGGGUAAAGAGUUUAGACAGGACUGUGACUUUACCCGAAUGGGCGCCGCUCCAAUUUCACGAGCAUCUGCAACACUUUUGCUGUAUUAUCACCAGUGUAUUAUUCUCACUACGAGGCCACUGUUUCUAUCACUUAUACGCAGCACCUUGGCACAAUCCGGACUCUACCCUAAAAGAGGGGACGUAAGAGUUUUGGCGGAACCGGUCAAAGCAUUGCUGGACACUUGCUAUAAUUCAGCAUUAGUCUCCCUUGAUGUUCUUGUGGCCCUCCAAAGGCAAAAUCUUUUAGAAGCUUUUCUACCUUUUGAUCUAGAUUGCACGAUUUCUGCCGCAAUCUCGCUCGCUCUUAUACAAGCAAUACCAGCUACGUCUCACAACUGCGGUCCUUCAAUAGACGCUGCAUUAGAUGUUUUGGACUCGAUGAUUAUGCGAGGUUAUGUUAUCGCUCAGUACCGUAGAGCAGAGCUCGAGAGUCUGCUAGAAACUCUCCAUACAAUCUUUAAACACCAGUCUUCUACAGAAGAGUUGAAUCAUUCUUACCAAGAUGGGAGGCUACGCUCAGGAAACGCAUCAAUAUUACCAGACAUGGAGGCAGAGCAGCAGCCUCCAAAUGUGCGGAUCAACAGAUCCUCGCCGGAUUUCAUUCUCUCACUUGCCGAAUUGCUAGAUUGGGAAUCAAUCAUGGAGUUCCAAGGCGGCGACUUGGAGGCAGCUUGGUUAUAAUUUAAAUCAUGUAUUACGGAGUAAUAAACAUC